CACACUCAUAAACAGCGAGCAGAUCGAGCGAGAGCCAGAAAGACCCAGGAUCUCAGGAGAGCAGGAGCGGCAGCAGCAGCAGCAGUCUGAAGAGAAACUUUCCGUCAGAGCGGGAUGCUUUGUUAAAGCUCAGGGAGAAUCACUUAAAGGACUCCCCAAUAAACACUCAUCCUUCAACCUAGACAGACAGACACUACCAGGUGAAACCCAAGAACUCUGCGCUCCAGAGGAAGUUCUCAAUCCCCUCAGUCACUUUCAGCCCCCCGCACAUAAACGCACAUGCGCUCGUGCUUGAGUGGAGGAGCACGACCAAACAAGUAGAGCAUCAGAGAGGAAGGAGCGAGCGAGUGGAUGGAUGCCUUUUGCAGACUCAGUGGCCUGGACCCUCUGUGGGACUGGAACCGGACCUGGUACACAGCUAACCCUGACCUGACGCAGUGUUUCCAGAACACAGUAUUGGUGUGGGUCCCAUGUGUUUACCUCUGGCUGCUGGCUCCAUUUUACUGCCUUCACCUUUACUACCAUGACCAGGGUCGCAUUCAGAUGUCGGGCCUCUGCACCUCCAAGAUGGUGCUGGGGUUCCUGCUGGCCUCUUUCGGUUUUGUUGAGUUCUUCUAUAUUCUGUUGGAGCGAAGCCAUGAAAUCCAUCAGCACAUGGUCUUCCUUCUCAGCCCCAUCAUCCGCAGCUUGACCGUGAUUCUGACCUUGUGCAUUAUCCAGCUGGAGAGAAUAAGAGGCUGCCGUUCUUCCAUAUUCCUCUUCUUGUUCUGGGUGUUGGCACUGGUUUGCUCCCUGGUUCCUCUCAGAGCAAAGAUCCAGCUGGCCUUGGAUGAGGGAAUCGCCUCCGACCUCGUCCGAUAUCUGGCCUUCUUCUCCUACUUCUCCCUCCAACUGGCGCAGCUCUUCUUGUGCUGUUUUGCUGACCAGCCUCCUGAAGGGAAAACAGUAUUGGAAAAGAAUCCAUGUCCCGUAAAAGACGCCUCCUUUCUGUCCAAGAUCCUCUUCUGGUGGUUUACUGGGCUAGUUGUGAAAGGCUAUCGUACCCCUCUGGAGGCAGAGGACCUGUGGACGCUGCGAGAAGAGGACACCUCCCACAAGAUCAUAUCUGAACUUCAUGAGGACUGGACCACUGAGUGCGCCAAACUUCAAAAGCAGGAGAAGGCGCUGGUGUCGGGCGCCGCGCUGGGAAGCCGACUGCCGGAUCAGGCUCAGCUACUGAGGAAGCUGCAGAAGGAGCAGAGCUCGGGCUUUAUCCUGCUCCGCACUCUGGCACGCAAAUUUGGUCCAUAUUUCCUAACUGGAACCAUGUGCAUCAUAUUCCACGAUGCCUUCAUGUUUGCCAUUCCACAGGUUCUUAGUCUGCUUCUGGGUUUCAUGAAGGAUGAGGAUGCUCCACUGUGGAAAGGCUACUUCUACGCCACUCUCAUGUUCCUGCUGUCGUGCCUCCAGUCGCUCUUCAACCAUCAGUACAUGUACACUUGCUUCACAGUGGGAAUGCGGGUGAAAACAGCUGUUAUGGGCUUGGUUUAUAGGAAGUCGCUGGUGAUAAACAGUUCAGCCAGAAGAACUUGCACUGUUGGCGAAAUUGUCAACCUGGUUUCGGCCGACACUCAGAAGCUCAUGGAUUUUGUGGUGUACUUCAACGCUGUCUGGCUGGCUCCCAUUGAAAUUGCACUCUGUCUGUUCUUCCUCUGGCAGCAUCUUGGACCAUCUGCGCUUGCUGGUAUUGCGACCGUCAUCCUCAUAUUCCCCCUGAAUGGACUGAUAGCAAAGAAGAGAAGCAAGCUGCAGGAGGUCCAGAUGAAAUUCAUGGAUGGCAGAAUAAGACUGAUGAAUGAGAUUCUGAAUGGAAUCAAGAUCUUGAAGUUCUACGCCUGGGAGAAGGCCUUUCUGGAGCAGGUGUUGGGAUACAGAGAAAAGGAACUGAAGGCCUUGAAGAAGUCUCAGAUACUGUAUUCCAUCUCAAUCGCCUCAUUCAACUCCUCUUCUUUCCUGAUCGCCUUCGCCAUGUUUGGAGUGUACGUAACACUUGACAACAGAAAUGUCCUCGAUGCUCAGAAGGUUUUUGUCUCCAUGGCGCUGAUCAACAUCCUGAAGACUCCACUAAGUCAACUUCCUUUUGCCAUCAGCACGACCAUGCAGGCCGUGGUGUCGCUGAGGCGUCUGGGGAAGUACCUGUGUUCCGAUGAACUAAAAGUGGACAACGUCUCAAAGGCUCCAUUGAGUUCUGAUGGAGAUGAUGUUGUGAUGGACAACGGAACCUUCAGCUGGUCUGCGGAGGGACCUCCUUGUCUGAAAAGAAUCAAUGUGCAUGUGCCACGUGGCUCCUUGGUGGCUGUGGUGGGACACGUGGGCUGUGGAAAGUCCUCCCUGCUGUCAGCUAUGCUUGGAGAAACAGAGAAGAGGAGUGGCCAGGUCUCUGUUAAGGGUUCAGUUGCGUAUGUGCCUCAGCAAGCCUGGAUUCAGAACGCCACAGUCCAAGACAACAUUAUGUUUGGCCGAGAAAAGAUGAAGACGUGGUACCAGAGAGUGCUGGAGGCCUGCGCUCUGCUGCCGGACCUGGACAUCCUUCCUGCUGGAGAUGCGACGGAGAUUGGAGAGAAGGGCUUGAACCUCUCAGGUGGACAAAAACAACGAGUCAGUCUGGCCAGAGCGGUUUACAGGAGAGCAGAUGUUUACCUCCUGGAUGAUCCACUUUCUGCCGUAGAUGCUCAUGUUGGCCAGCACAUCUUUGACAAGGUGAUCGGACCCAAGGGAGUUCUGAAAGACAAGACCCGCAUUCUUGUGACACAUGGAAUGAGCUUCCUGCCGCAAGCUGAUCUCAUCCUGGUUCUGGUGAACGGUGAAAUCACCGAAAGCGGGUCCUAUCAGGAGCUGCUCAGCCACCAGGGAGCUUUCGCUGAAUUCAUCCACACGUUCGCCAGCACAGACAGGAAAGAGAGCGCCAUACAGAGAGCUGGUUCCAGAAGGUCCAACGCUCGCCUCAGCAUGGUCGACUUCAUGCCGUUCUCCAGGGACUUGUCACAGGAGCAACUGAUUGGCGGGGACACCACAAAUACAAACCUUCAGAACAUGGAGCCCGUGACUGAAGCUGAGCCGGAGCAGGUCCCAGAGGAGCUGGGCAAACUCACUGAAGCAGACAAAGCUCGUACUGGAAGAGUGCGGUUGGAGAUGUACACAAAGUACUUCAAAACCAUUGGCUUGGCCACGAUCAUCCCCAUCGUCUUCCUCUACGCCUUCCAGCAAGGGGCCUCCCUGGCCUACAACUACUGGCUCAGCAUGUGGGCUGACGACCCGAUUGUCAACGGCACCCAGAUUGAUACCGACCUGAAGCUCUCAGUGUUUGGGGCCCUCGGUUGUGUGCAAGGCGUCGCAAUAUUCGGCACCACCGUCGCCAUUUCUGUCUGCGGCAUCAUCGCCUCGCGGCACCUUCACAUGGACCUGCUGAUCAACGUCCUGCGUUCCCCAAUGUCUUUCUUCGAAUGCACCCCCAGCGGCAAUCUCCUCAACCGAUUUGCCAAAGAGAUCGAUGCCAUUGACUGUAUGGUGCCCGAGGGAUUGAAGAUGAUGUUGAGCUACGUCUUUAAACUCAUGGAAGUCUGCAUUAUCGUGCUUAUGGCCACACCUUUCGCUAUAGUGAUCAUCCUGCCACUCACUUUCCUCUAUGCCUUCGUCCAGAGUUUCUACGUCGCCACAUCCUGUCAGCUGCGGCGGCUGGAAGCAGUCAGCCGCUCGCCCAUCUACACCCACUUCAACGAGACGGUCCAGGGCGCCAGCGUCAUCCGGGCGUUUGGGGAUCAGUCCAGGUUCAUCCUGCAGGCCAACGAAAGGGUGGACUUCAACCAGACCUCUUACUUCCCUCGAUUUGUUGCCACUCGGUGGCUCGCUGUCAAUCUGGAGUUUGUGGGCAACGGCGUGGUGCUGGCCGCUGCUAUUCUGUCUGUGAUGGGGAGAGACACUCUGAGCCCAGGCAUCGUGGGCCUGGCCGUUUCGCACUCCCUCCAGGUCACUGGAAUCCUGAGUUGGAUCGUGAGAUCCUGGACUGACGUGGAGAACAACAUUGUUUCUGUAGAAAGAGUGAACGAGUACGCAGACACUGCCAAAGAGGCUAGUUGGAACAUAGAGGGCAGCUCCCUCCCUCAGGCAUGGCCUCAGACAGGAACCAUUGAAUUCCAUGACUACGGACUGCAGUACCGAAAAGGCCUUGAGUUGGCACUGAAAGGAAUAACCUUGAAUAUCCACCAAAGAGAAAAGGUGGGCAUCGUAGGACGGACUGGAGCCGGUAAGUCCUCACUUGCCCUGGGGAUUUUCAGAAUCUUGGAAGCAGCGAAGGGGAAGAUCUUCAUAGACGGCGUCAACAUUGCUGACAUUGGCCUGCACGACCUGCGAUCACGCAUUACCAUCAUUCCUCAGGAUCCUGUGCUUUUCUCUGGAUCGCUCCGCAUGAAUCUCGACCCGUUUGACUCGUACACAGAUGAAGAGGUGUGGAGUUCACUGGAGCUGGCGCACCUUAAAGCAUUUGUCUCAAAUCUGCCAGACAAACUCAACCAUGAGUGCUCAGAAGGGGGAGAAAAUCUCAGUCUGGGUCAGCGACAGCUCGUCUGCCUCGCACGAGCCCUGCUGAGGAAGACCAAAAUCCUGGUUCUGGACGAGGCCACGGCCGCUGUGGACCUGGAGACUGACACGCUCAUCCAGUCGACGAUUCGCACUCAGUUUGACGACUGCACCGUCCUCACCAUCGCUCAUCGGCUGAACACCAUCAUGGACUACACCAGAGUGAUUGUCAUGGACAGGGGCCACAUUUCAGAGAUGGACUCUCCAGCCAACCUCAUUGCACAGCGGGGACAGUUCUACAGAAUGUGUCGUGAGGCGGGUCUGGUCUAGAUCCACAUGACAGAGCUGGAACACUGGUGGACAAAUGCAGCCCUCGUGGUGCUGCUCACUAAACAGCGGCAGCUGAAAAUGCCACUCGAUGUUGGCAACGUCCUGGACGCUAAGGAAGAGGUGCAGCGGUGCUUGUCCGUCGUAAAAGCCCCCAUGGAUGCUGCCCGCAAUCUGGAAAAGACUUUUGUUAAGCCAUGAACAUCUAAAGGGAAGCAGCCAUGGAUUCUUCAAACUAUGCAUCUUUUUGAUAAGUACUGUUCAGGGGCUGGAAUAAUACUUUCUCAGCCGCAGCAUCAUUUUCAUUCUCUUUUUGAAUGGGUCAUAUAUGCAAUUUUGUAAAUGCAAAUGAAUUGAAUGAUCUUGUCUCAGGCUUUCAUGUCGAUGUUUACCUGUAAUAUAUUUCCGCCUCAUAUAUUAUCUUAAAAAGAGGCGAACUUGCAGACUGACUGAGAUUUCUUUUUAAUGUUUCUGUUGUUCCAGAAAGUGGGACGAUAAAUGCUUUGACACAGUAACCUUCACAAGGUUCACCCUGGCAGGCAUAGGAGGAAAUGAGGUUUUCAAAAUUGAACCUUUUUUUGUAUGUCAGAGAAAUAACAUUGAAGCGAGCCAAGACGUUUACAAAACGGCCAACUAUGUUGGGGCUUUUGUUUAUUUCUGUCAAAGUAAACAUUGAAGAAUGCUGAUAGAAACCCUGCUGGUCAGAUUUAACCUGGAACCGGUGCUAUAAAAACCACCAUGAAUGACGGGCUUGCCUCAUGAAAACAAUAGUGACAUAUCUGGGAUUGUCCGCUUGUCGCCACCACACUAUACAGGCCAUAUAAACAAUACAAAUUGAACCUACAAAAAUAAGGGAAAACAUUAUUGCUUUGUACCAACACUGCAAACUGCCAAUUCCCCUUCCACCCUCACUCUUGAAUGAACCAUUAUAUAAUGAGCUUUACUCCUCUUUAUUCUUUUGUCUUACUGGUUUAGACAAUUUAUCAAAGAAAGAAAUAGGUUAUUUAUGUGACAUGCCAAAUGUAUAAAGUGCUCUUAUAUGUAUGAGGACUGUAUUUAUACUUUUUAUAACAAGCCUGUUUAAGUUUCACUGUGCGUUUACUUUUCCAUGUUCUCGGUCUAUACAUAAA